AUGAAUAGCCAUCCUUCAUCAUCUAAUGGUUAUCCACAUAGAAGAGUUGAUAAAGAGGCAGGGAUGCCGAUGAAGUCACAGACCAAAAUGGUGGAAAGAUGGACUGUGGAUACCCCUUCUCGUGAUUCGUUUGUGUACCUCACUACUUGUAAGAUCGGACAUCACGUCGAAGUUCAUCUAAAAAUGGGUCUGUUUACAAUAGCAAAUUUCAUGCUGUUGAUGUGGAGAAUAAUUUUGGUGAGAAAACCUUUUUGUUCGUCUGAUAUGUGA